AUGGCAUACGGCGAAGAUGAUCACCGCGGGGUGCACACAACUCAGGAGGGCAAGAGUUUGGGCGUUUUCAUCUGCUGGCUUCUGGGCAACGGAUGCCUCUUCGGGUACAACAGCAUGCUCACCAUCGAAGAUUACUUCGUCCACCUCUUCCCGAACUACCAUCCGGUCAGAGUCAUCACUCUCACCUAUCAGCCGUUUGUGCUCGUGGUAGCUGCGGUGUUCGCGUACCAUGAGGCGAAAGUAAACACCAGGGUGCGCAACUUGGUGGGGUACUCACUCUUCUUCCUCGGCUCGCUCGCUCUCAUCAUCCUGGAUCUUGCGACGUCGGGAAGAGGUGGAAUCGCAACCUUCAUCGGCGUGUGUACGGUUGUGGCGGUGUUUGGCGUCGCGGAAGGCCACGUCGAAGGCGCCAUGACCGGCGACCUAUCCUUGAUGUGCCCGGAGUUCAUACAGUCAUUUUCUGCUGGCAUGGCUGCAUCGGGCGCAAUAACGUCGGCCCUGAGGCUCAUUACGAAAGCGGCUUUCGAGAAAUCCAGAGACGGCCUUCGCAGGGGAGCUAUGUUGUUCUUCUCCGCAUCAUGCUUCUUCGAGCUGCUGUGCGUCGUGCUGUACGCCCACGUCUUCCCCAAGCUGCCAAUAGUGAAGUUCUACCGUGCAAAGGCGGCUUCCGAGGGAUCUCUGACGGUCGCCGCCGACCUUGCUGCCGCCGGCCUCCAAAGACACACAAAACCAUCGGCUGAAGACGACCCAGCCAUCCCUGAACGUUUGAGCAACAAGCAGCUGCUUAUGCAGAACAUGGACUACGCCUUGGACAUGUUCCUCAUCUACCUGCUGACGCUGUCCAUCUUCCCGGGAUUUCUCGCCGAAGACCUCGGAUCGCACAGCCUGGGCUCCUGGUACGCGCUGGUGCUGAUCGCGAGCUACAACGGCUCGGACUUGAUCGGGAGAUACGCGCCUCUGGUGGAGAGCAUCAAGGUGACGUCCCGGAGGGGGCUGCUGGCCGCGGUGCUCGCCCGGUACCUGCUCCUCCCGGCAUUCUACUACGCCGCCAGGUACGGAGGGGAGGCCUGGAUGAUCGUCCUCGUAUCGGCUCUGGGACUCAGCAACGGGUACCUGACGGUCUGCGUCCUGACCGAGGCACCCAGACCCUACAAGGGGCCAGAACAGAAUGCUCUCGGAAACCUGCUCGUGUUCUGCCUCUUGGCGGGCAUAUGUUUAGGGGCUGUUCUUGACUGGCUGUGGCUCAUAGGCAAAGGAUGGUGAUCAAACCCAUGGCCCCCAUGUCAUCCAGACUUGUUCCAGAUUGAAAAGCACUUUUCAUAUUUCCUCUUUUUUUUCUUAUUUCGUUUUGGUGUUGGUGCGCUUUCCUGCAAGGCGGCUGCAACUAGUUGGAGCACCUGCAGGCAAAUAGAUGAUCACGGUUUUUCUGCGUCGUAAUUGUUGUUCCACUUUCCAUGUGUGUUCACGCUGCUUUUUUAUUUAGGUUCAAUCUUAUUGCAUUUUGGUUGUCAUAGCUUUGUACAUUAUAGACGUAUGACUAUAUCCGGAAUUUAAAACUCCGCAAUGAAAGAUACCGAAUGUAUUCAUCGAUGCAAAGGCAAGGCAUUCUCUUCUUUUCACAAAAUGCCUCCAUGUUCUAUUUCAUUCUCAGUUAAAAGAACAAAUCAACAUGAAUGAACCUUCAUUUAUAUAUUUGGGUGGAUCAUCAAUAUUUGGGCGCCAAAACUUCAUAUCACGGACAUAAAAACUGGAGUAGGGUAAAUUUUUCUCAUGUUUCGGCCAUAUCUUUUUUUUUUUUCUCGAAUAUGCACGAGUGUGCAUAUCAUAUAUUAAAGAAGGAGGGCAAAGCAUGCCUCCACAGUUACAUUACAAGCCUGUACGGCCUUACAACCCGUACCCGCUCCACUUAACGCACACAUAUCCUACUCCUCCCUAAUCAUCCACCUAUGUAGCCCACCCAGGAACCCCUCCACCUAUGUUUCGGUCAUAUUCAUCAUCAAACUGUGGCAUGCAAUAAUAAUCAGUUCAUCACCAUCAAUAACAAACGAUUAACAUGCAACUCCACCUCUCACAUAAAGACCCUCUUCAGGGCCAACAAGUGACCACUCUAUCUACCAUCAUUUCCAUCAGAGGUUUCGUUGUUGCCGUCAUUUCUAAUCACUAUCUUGUGCCAAUAAGAAGAGGAGACCAGUCAUGAUUUCCCUAGGGUUUCUAUUUUCGACAUCAUCAUUGCGAAAGGUGAAGAAGGCAACAUCGCUACAUAUGUUUUUCAUAGGCAAAAUGCAUAAAUGCUUGGCUUCAAAUUAACAAAGUCCCAAACAGAUGAGUAGGUACAUGGUGCUGAUAAAACAACUACAAACAUCAAUUAAAAAACAAGCACAUAUCAGUAAGAGAAAGAACAAGCCCACCUUGUAGACAAAGAAUCCCUACAGAGCAGAAGUUGGGUCCUAGGGAGAAGAAACAAUCAGCAAGCGAGUGCUAGAAUUGUAUUACCUAGGUGUUAGAAUCAUUACAAUGUAAUCUAGAUUACUGACUCUAGUGCAAG